CGGCUCCGGAAGCCGUUCUUCCGCGCAGGAGCCCUGGGCCCGCAGAGCCCCGCCCUUCCCGGCGCCCUAGCCCUGCCCCGCCGGGUUCCCGCUCGCCGGGCGCCAUGGAUCCGCUGUCGCCGCCGCUCUGCACGCUGCCGCCGGGCCCCGAGCCGCCCUGCUUCGUGUGCUACUGCGAAGGGGAGGGAAGCGGGGAGGGGGACCGCGGCGGCUUCAACCUCUACGUGACCGACGCCGCGGAGCUUUGGAGCACCUGCUUCACGCCGGACAGCCUGGCGGCCCUCAAAGCCCGUUUUGGUCUGAGUGCGGCUGAGGACAUCACCCCCCGGUUCAGGGCAGCCUGUGAGCAGCAAGCUGUGGCUGUGACCCUGCAGGAGGACAGAGCGUCCCUGACCCUUUCAGGGGGCCCCUCGGCACUGGCCUUUGACCUCUCCAAGGUACCAGGCCCAGAGGCAGCCUCCAGACUGCAGGCGCUGACACUGGGCCUGGCAAAACGCGUGUGGAGCCUGGAGCGGCGACUGGCAGCUGCAGAAGAGACAGCUGCCAGCCCCAGGAAGAGUCCCCGGCCUGCAGGGCCUCAGCUCUUCUUACCAGACCCAGAUCCCCAGAGAGGUGGCCCUGGACCUGGGGUCAGGAGGCGGUGUCCAGGAGAGUCGCUCAUCAACCCUGGGUUCAAGAGUAAGAAACCAGCUGGUGGCGUGGACUUUGAUGAGAUCUGAAGGAGAAACGACGGCGCGGACAGAGGCUGUGAACCGGUGGCUCAGAAGGAAAAAGAAAAUGCCAAGAUACAGGAAGACCGUUCACCUCAUGCCCGUCUCAAGAAACAAACCAAACAAGACUCGGUUCAUCGCCACAGCGGCCCCACUGCGUUCUGUGGGUGUGGGCUGUGGACUGUGGAGCAGCGGUGGCCGUCCUACACUCCCCUGUGCCCUUGCCCACCUGGGAAUCAGCCCAGUGGCUUCUUUAUUUUUUGGUUUAAUCAAUUCAUUUAUUUACUAGAAACAGGAUCCUGCCAUGUUGCCCAGGCUGGUCUCUACCUCUUGGGCUCAAGAGACCCGCCUGCCUUGGCCUCCCACAGUGCUGAAGCUACAGGCACGAACCACCACGCCUGGUUGGUUUCUCUGUGAAGGGCAAGUGAGUGCUGGCUGCCCCACUGUGUGGCAUGGCUCCGUGGCACGGCCACCGCCGUCUAUGGGAGACUGCAGUUGUGUCCAGGGAGAAGGACGGAAAAGGUGACUCCAUGCGUGCCCACUGCAGGGAGGGCCUGAGAUUAGGUAGAUGGCCUGGCUUGUGUCCCCUUACAUUUAAAUUCUUAGGCUGGCUGGGCACGGUGGCUCAAGCCUGUAAUCCCAGCACUUUGGGAGGCUGAGACGGGCGGAUCAUGAGGUCAGGGGAUCGAGACCAUCCUGGCUAA